AUGUCUGCCGUCGAGGCCCCUCCAGCGCCUGCAGCCCGCGUUCGACCACCCCGCCACCGUCGUGGGAGGGGCGGAAAUCGAGGACGAGGAGGUGGCGCUGUAGGAGAAGCAUCUACACCACAUACCCCAAAUCCAGCCCUGGCAUUACGGCCUGCUUCACUGCCAUUCGUACCAGCGCCUGCACCGGCAUCGAAUGGCGAUUCAAGAGGAGGUCGAGGUAGACGGGGUGGGGGACCUGGCAGAGGUGGGAGAAGAGGAGGGGCACAACCUAUGGUCAAUGGAAGGGCAUUUGGUGGUCAACUUAGCUCGAGUGUACAAACUGCGAAUAUACCGGAAGGUUCAUUAGCAGGAGAUGCCGCUGUGUUCAUCCCAGGUCAGCCAGUUUCAUCAAGGGCACGACAACAGCAAGCUCCACGGCCUCGUCGCAUGUCAAAAUCGCAAGCUCCUGAUAUCGCCACGAGAACACAUGAAGAUAUUACAAAUGGUCAAUACGAGUGUCUUAUCUGUACCAACGAGGUGCUGCCGAAUUCGAAAAUAUGGGGAUGCAAAGACUGUUGGUCUGUACUUCAUUUAUCUUGUGUAAAGAAGUGGUCGAAGAACGAGGUUUCUACACUUCAACAGAGAGCUGCUGAGAAUGGAGAAUUACCGCCGCCGCGACAAUGGAGAUGUCCUGGUUGCAAUCUGCCAAAGCAAGAAUUGCCAAAUAAUUAUACCUGUUGGUGCGCAAAAGAGAUAGAACCUCGCUCAUUGCCCGGAUUACCUCCUCAUUCGUGUGGUCAGACAUGUUCUAAACCACGGGUAGGACAUUGUCCACAUCCAUGUGAGCUUGUCUGUCAUGCCGGGCCUUGCCCCCCUUGUGGACAUAAUGGACCGACAUUACCUUGCUUCUGUGGGAAGGAGACUUCGACUCGACGAUGUCUUGAUACGAAUUAUGAUAGUGGAUGGGGCUGUGGACAAGUUUGUGAUGAUGCUCUGCCUUGCGGGGAGCAUAAUUGUCAACGGACUUGUCAUGAGGGCCUUUGUGGUAGCUGCGAGGUUCUGAUUGAUUCUCGUUGCUUUUGUGGAAAGGUGGAGAAAUUAAUACCCUGCUCGGAGCGAGAAGAUGAGCAGGAGAGUCAUCUGAAGGACCAAACCUGGAUGGGGUCGUUUGACUGUGGAGAAGAGUGCCGAAGACCGUACGAUUGUGGAAAUCCGGAUCAUUUCUGCCAAAGUACAUGUCAUGUGCAAGAUGCUCAACCUGCACAUUGUCCUUAUUCUCCGGAUGUCGUUACUCACUGCCCCUGUGGCAAGACUUUGAUCGAUUCGCUCCUAGAGGCCCCUCGAGAAAACUGCUCGGCACCUAUCCCACGUUGCAAGGAGAAAUGCCAAAAAGUUCUCGCUUGCGGGCAUCUAUGCCAAGACUUAUGUCAUGAUGGAGAAUGCAAUCCAUGUUUUCAAACCUCAGAGAUCAACUGUAGAUGUGGAAGGACAACCUCGCACACAUUUUGUCAUCAAGGUCUAGAAGAAGCGCCUAUGUGUAUGAGAGUAGAUAGAACUACUCUGAAUUGUGGACGGCAUGAGUGUGGUGAACAUUGCUGUCCGGGCGAGAAGAAGGCAAGCGAGAGGCAGGCAGCGAAACGAAAGAAUCGAUUUGCUGGUACGGAUAACUUUGAAGCGGAACAUAUCUGCUUGAAGGCUUGCGGCAGGCCAUUGAAGUGUGGAAAUCAUUCCUGCGCCGAACUUUGCCACAAGGGACCUUGCGGUACAUGUCUAGAGGCAGUAUUUGAUGAGAUUAGUUGUGCUUGCGGUCGAACCGUACUACAACCACCACAACCUUGCGGAACCCGCCCCCCGGAAUGUCGAUUCAAUUGUACUCGACAAAGCAGUUGCGGUCAUCCACAGGUUCCACAUCAAUGCCAUGAGGAUAACGAGGAAUGUCCAAAGUGUCCUUUCCUAAUGGAAAAGCUUUGUAUUUGUGGCAAGAAGACAGUGAAGAACUCGCCUUGCUGGUUUAGUGAGGUUCGUUGUGGUUUACCAUGUGGCAAGAAAUUGAGAUGUGGAAUUCAUUUCUGCCAGAAGACAUGUCACAGGGCUGGGCAGUGUGAGGAUGCAACUUCACCCUGUACCCAACCUUGUGGACGGAAAAAGACAGUUUGCGAGCAUGCUUGUAUGGAUCAAUGUCAUGCUCCUUAUCCGUGCAAAGAAUCGACACCUUGUCAAGCAAAGACAUUUAUCACUUGCGAAUGUCAGCAUCAGAAGCAACCUGUUAAAUGUCUUGCUUCCAAAUCUAGCGAAGGCAACUCCAAGAAGACGUUGGAUUGCAAUGACGAGUGUUUGAAGAUUCAACGUAAUGCCAAAUUAGCAGCAGCACUCAAUAUCGAUCCAUUAACGCACACGGAUGAUCAUAUUCCAUAUUCCCAGCAGACUCUUGACAUGUUCAAAGUCAUGCCCAAGUUUUGUCAGCAAUAUGAGAGGGAAUUCCGGGUCUUCGCCGCCGAUGAAAAAGAAAAGAGAUUAAGAUUCAAACCCAUGCAGGCAGGACAACGUGCAUUCUUACAUUCUAUGGCUGAAGACUUUGGGCUUGACAGCGAGUCUCAAGAUCCAGAACCUCACCGCCACGUCUCCAUUUUCAAAACUCCCCGCUUUGUCUCAGCGCCCAUGAAAACACUCUCACAAUGCGUGAAAUCCAAACCAGCACCUCUUGCCGCUGAACCCGUAACCACCAACAAAUCCUUGGUAGCAAACGCCGAACCCUACAACGCAUUCCUCCUCAUCAAUCCCCGAUUCGGCCUUACCAUCGACGAACUCCACACCGAUAUCCAUCCCGACUUCACCACCGCAAACUUUACCGAUUGCGAGAUCAGCUUCCUCCCUUCUGGCGACAUCGUCGUCAAACCGCUCCUUACGACCUUUGCACCACCGCAACGUACGGAGGCUAGUCUAAGUUCGAUGAAAAGUGCAAUUAGCCAGAAGGUUAGCACGUUGGGCCUGGCGAAGAGUAGUACGUUGUGCGCGGUGGACGCGAGUUUGAAUGUGUUGAGACGCGAGGACGAGAGUGUGGCGAGCCAGGGGGGGUGGAGUCAGGUUGCUAAGGGGGCGACGAGGGUGAGGGCGCCGGUUAGGAGUGAUGUUGGGGUUAGGAGUAGUUUUACUGUGUUGGGGGUUAAGAAGGCGGGGAGGAUGGGGGAGAAGGGGGAUAAGGGGAAGGAGAAGGAGAAGGAGGUUGAUGAUUGGGAGAGGGAGGUUGAGGGGUGGGCUUGA